AUGGCUGGGUCACUGAAUGGUGGUGCUACAUUGCAUAGGACAUUCUUUCAUCGAGUCCUUGCCAUCAUCACAGCCAGUCGCCCAUUCUUCGGUACUAGCUUCCCUCUCGAGGCAAUAGAGAGACAGCUUUUUGCAGGGGCAAACAAAUCGCAAGCAAUGUGCACACCAGACCGCUGUGAGAAUGAACCCUCGGGGUCUAGUUUAUUCUCAUCGACCAGAUUCGUGCGGCGCAGGGAGCUUAGUCUCCCACCGGAGCGAGAGGCUGUGGCUGUGACUCUGUUCACGCCAGCGCUGCCAGAUAUGCGACAGGCAAUCGAGGACAGAAACGUAUCGGAUUGCGAUGAUCCUUUCUCAGCGCUCGGAAAGGCCAUCGUUACUGGUCCCACUCGCUCUGUCCUACAUGUACCGUACCUACCAGAAAGGAGCAUCCAAGACGAGCACAUCAGAUUGACAAACCAGGCUGACUUGACGAUCGUUGCGAUUACUCAGACUGCAGAAUCUGAACCAGCAAGCGAUCUAGCUGGACAGUUGUACUUUGCAAAGGCCAUCGCCAUGAAGAGUGGCACAGCCAACAUGUGUUGCAUACAAUGCAACGUGGUCAACUCUGAGAUAGGCUCAGCGUAUGACAAUGUCAUCAUCUCGCCUAGUCAUACAAGGAGUGAUCUUGAGGUUGUCGCGAAACUUGUAAACGGCCUGCUUCACCUUUUAGUGAACGAAGCCUACAAGGAAUUGGGACGAGCAAACUCGUCUGCUGUUGCCAAAGUGGCUCGGGUAAUUAACAAAGCUGCGAAUUCUGUAGUAAAACUUCUUUACGAAUUAUCUACAUCGGCCUUUGGGGCCACAUAUUGA